AUGUCUACCGAAAUUGAACUUGGCGUCACCGCUGACUUGCACGUGCACUUAAGAGAUGGCCCAAUGAUGGAGUUGGUCACGCCAACCGUCAGAGAUGGUGGAUGCUCUAUCGUUUACAUCAUGCCAAACUUGUCCCCACCCAUCACCACGUUGGACCGAGUUGUGAAGUACAAGCAGGAUUUGCAGAAGCUUGCGCCUAAGACCACCUUUUUGAUGAGCUUCUACCUCUCUAAAGACUUGACCCCGGAGUUGAUCCGCGAGGCCGCCAAGGUCCAGGCUAUCCAGGGUGUCAAGUGCUACCCGGCCGGUGUGACCACCAACUCCGCGGCCGGUGUAGAUCCAAACGACUUCUCAGCCUUCUACCCAGUGUUCAAGGCCAUGGAAGAGUGCAACCUUAUCCUCAAUCUCCACGGUGAGAAGCCAUCCACCCACGACUGCGCUGAGGGCGACGAGAUCCACGUGUUGAACGCGGAGUCCAAGUUCCUCCCCGCCUUGGAAAAGUUGCACGCCGACUUUCCCAACUUGAAGAUUGUCUUGGAACACUGCACCACCAAAGAUGCCAUCGACGCCGUUGAAAAAAUCAACGCUGGCAUCACUAGUGCGGCUGAUAUUAGAGUCGCCGCCUCUAUCACCGCCCACCACUUGUUCCUAACCAUUGAUGACUGGGCUGGGCAUCCAAUCAACUUCUGCAAGCCUGUUGCCAAGCUCCCCCUCGACAAAAAGGCUUUGGUCAGGGCCGCCGUUUCCGGCAAACCGUACUUUUUCUUCGGCAGUGACUCCGCCCCUCACCCGUUAUCUGCAAAAGCGAGACAUGUGGGCGUGUGUGCUGGUGUUUACACCCAGUCCCAUGCGUUGUCGUACGUUGCGGAGGUGUUUGAGCAAGAAAACAAGCUCGACCAGUUGAAACCGUUUGUGAGCGACUUUGGUAGAGCCUUCUACGGGUUGGAUGAUGCGAAUAAGUUGAUUGUGAACCACGAUAAGUGUUUCUUGGUCAGAAAGAACAUAAAGGUUCCGGAGACGAUUGGCGAGGGUGAAUUGGUUGUCGCGCCUUUCAGAGCGGGUGAGACGUUGAAGUGGAGUACUGAGUGGAGAUCCUAG